GAGAGGAGUCCCGCGAAUGAUAGUGGAUACGUGCUGUGAGCGGGGGCGGCGACACACCUGGGGAAUUACAAGAACAAGCAACCAUGUUAGGGUUUUUAAUGCAAGUUGUCCAAGACAUGCUUUGACUUUCAGCUGCUCAAUAAAGUAGAACAUGUACACGACAGAGCGCAGGCGAAUGAGCCUGCACGAAAUGAAGAGGAAAGAUCCAGUGUGGGUGUCAGCUGGAAGUUUGUGGCAGGACUCUGUGGCAGUGGAGCUGAGCGCCAGCGGCUCCGGUAAACAGAUCGUCUCUCCACGGAGUCGAACCAGAGCUGUAUCCGUGGCACACAUUGUGAACGAGGACGCGACAGUGCCGCAGACUGAGGGGAACUUAUCCCUGAAAUGUCUGAAGGAAGCCUGCGCGGACGCACAGGCUGUUUUCAAAACCUUCUCAUUGGAGAGAAUAUCCCUGGGCACCACGGACAUCCUGGAUAGUUUCUACAAUGCAGAUGUAGCAGUGGUGGAGAUGAGUGAUUCUUUCUGCCAGUCUUCCGUUUUCUAUCACCUGGGAGUGAGAGAAAGUUUCAGCAUGACCAAUAACAUAAUCCUAUACUGUUACAAGCAAGAUAGUGAUCUACUUGCUAUCAAGGAGCAGUGUGGAAGUUACACGUUCAUCCCUUACGUAGUGUCACCUCAGGGCAAAGUGUUUGCCUGUGAUGCCACAAUGAUGAAUGGUAUCAAUGAGUUGAUGCAGCCUAGUUUCCAGCUGGAGCCCCUGCUGACCCCGCUGGUGGAGAAACUGGUGCAUCUGUUGAACAAUGUACACAUUCAGUCCAGUGAGUACUUCCGAGAGUCAAUCAGGCAUGAGAUCCGGAUGGCACGGGAGCGGUUCAGCGGCCAAGCCCUGAGUGAAGAGUUGAGCCGCAUUCAGCAACGCCUGGACAGUGUGGAGUUGCUCACCCCUGAUAUAGUCACCAAUCUGCUGUUGUCAUACAGGGACAAUCAGGACUAUGAUGCCAUAAUCAAACUGGUGGAGACUCUGAAUGACCUGCCCAUGUGUCUGGUAGCAAGACACCAGAAUAUCAAGUUUAACUACAUAUUUGCUCUAAACAGGAGGAAUCGCCCCGGAGAUCGCGCUAAAGCUCUGGAGGCAAUUCUGCCUAUUGUGGAUUCGGGGGUGAAGGUGGCGUCGGACAUCUACUGCCUGUGUGGACGGAUCUACAAAGACAUGUUCAUGAGCUCUGGGUUCACGGAUGAGCGCAGCAGAGACCAGUCCUGCUAUUGGUAUGGUAAAGCUUUUGAGACGGAGCCAACUCUUCACUCCGGCAUCAACAACGUGGUCCUCCUGAUGUCAGCUGGACAUGAAUUUGACACUUCUAUCGAGCUGCGCAAAAUAGGUGUGACUCUAAGCACCCUGCUCGGUAGAAAGGGCAGUUUGGAGAAGAUGAAGGACUACUGGGAUGUUGGCUUCUACCUCGGAGCAAACAUCCUCGCUAAUGAACAUCGCAAAGUCAUCGUGGCCUCUGAUAAACUCUACAGACUCGACGCCCCUGUCUGGUAUGUGGCAUCUAUUAUGGAGACGUACAUCCUGUACCGUCAAUUUUCCAAGAGUCCUGAGGUGAAAUCGUCUAAACAGGACACUUUUGACUUCUGGAUGGAGCUGCUUCUGCAAACCUGUAAACCCACUGACUCCACAGGACGCUGCCCAGUGCUCAUUCUGGAGCCGAGUAAAGUCCUCCAACCAGCUAUUGUGUGUGUGAGCGAGGAGGACGAAAGUCGCACUGUUCAUUUGAAACACAUCACACCCUUAAAGAAAGGCUUACACCAGUGGACUUUCCCAGCCUCUGCAAUUCGGGGAGUGAGUGCUUCAAAGAUUGAUGAGCGAAGCUGCUUCCUGUAUGUCCACUACAACUCAGAUGACUUCCAGCUCUGCUUCCCCUCUGAGAUUCACUGUAAAGGCUUCUGCGAGCUGGUAAACUCUCUGGUUCAGCAGGCUGAAGACCCCGCUCAGGACCUGAACCAUCAAGCGGGGGGGAUACUGGAGUUCAUCUAUGAGACCAAUGAGAACGGGGACAAGGUGGUUCUGGGUAGAGGGACGUACGGUGUGGUGUACGCUGGGAGGGACCUGAGCAACCAAGUACGCAUCGCCAUCAAGGAAAUUCCCGAGAAGGACCGCACGUACUCGCAGCCCCUCCAUGAGGAGAUAGCUCUGCACAAGAGGCUGAAACACAGAAACAUUGUCCAGUACCUGGGCUCCGUCAGUCAGGAUGGUUUCAUUAAGAUCUUCAUGGAGGAAGUACCUGGAGGAAGUUUGUCAUCUCUCCUCCGCUCUAAAUGGGGUCCCCUGAAAGACAACGAGGCCACCAUCAUCUUCUACACCAAGCAGGUCCUCGAGGGGCUCAAGUACCUUCAUGACAACCAAAUAGUCCACAGAGACAUUAAGGGCGACAAUGUAUUGAUCAACACCUAUAGUGGUGUGUUGAAGAUCUCUGACUUUGGAACCUCCAAACGGUUAGCAGGGAUCAACCCCUGCACUGAGACCUUCGCUGGAACUCUGCAGUACAUGGCCCCAGAGAUUAUAGACCAAGGGCCUCGGGGUUAUGGGAAGCCGGCUGACAUCUGGUCCCUCGGGUGCACUAUUAUAGAAAUGGCAACAGGCAAACCACCCUUCCAUGAGCUGGGAAGUCCUCAGGCAGCCAUGUUCAAGGUGGGCAUGUUUAAGAUCCACCCCAAGGUUCCAGAGUGCAUGUCAGACGAGGCUAAGGUCUUCAUCAUGAGCUGUUUCUUGCCGGACCCCGACGGCAGAGCCACGGCCACAGCGCUGCUGAAGGACACCUUCCUCAGGUCGUCCCCCCGGAAGAAGGCCAGGGCUCCGCAGGAGGAACCUAAAGACUACCUUUCUACCAUUGACUACCAACGCAGUCUGUCUGUACCCAUUUCCAUCCUUGUGGAAGACACCGAUUCAUUCUCGGGUGCAAUCGACCUGUCCUGUUCCCUGGACUUCAGGAGGCACCAGUCCCCCCUCAUACCAGAUGAAAUCUCUGACAGCCCUUCCAGCACCGGCAGCUUCCUGUCAAUACCAGAAGACUCUCUAUUAGACAUGAGCAGUCCGGCCGCAUCAGAUGAGAACAUCGGUCUCUUUAUGCUGAGAAAGGACAGCGAGAGGAGAGCCACACUGCACCGAGUCCUCACUGACUACAUCAGCCACGUCGUCUUUAACAUACAGGAAUCUGUGCCUCAGCAUGGCGAGGGAACACCGCUAACUGCACUCCACAUCACUGAGCUCAUUAGCUACCUGGGAGACAACAUCCGCUCCCCGGACAGGAAGCAGCUGACCAGCAGCCUGCUGCACCUUCGAGCCACCCUGCUCUCUGCCGAAGUAUCACUGAACCACCUGCAGGCGGUGCUGUUCAGCUUUCAAGAUGCAGUGAAGAAGGUGUUGAGGCAACAGCAAGUGAAACCUCACUGGAUGUUUGCUCUGGACAAUCUGCUGAGACAGGCAGUACAGGACGCCAUAACUGUGCUCCUUCCAGAGCUGAAACUCGAGCUGCAGGACGGCACUACUGAAGAGCAAUGUGCUGACCCAGACACUCCUGUAGUUAUUGUCCCUGACCAGUUUUUUGCGCCAGCAGACACGCAGUACACAGCAUCCUCCAUAUUUGAGAUUCUGCCUACUGCAAGGCCCAACUCCCCGACAGACCUCGCCCUUAACGGCAACUGUCUCCUCAGUGAGAAACUGAGAGACCUGCGACUGGAGACCAGCAGCCUGCUGAGUCAGCUCAAUGAGAAGGAGAGAGAAUAUCAGGAGCUACUGAGGAACUCUGUCCAGAGGAAGCAGGAACAGAUCGAUGCACUGAGGAAAGCAGCGGUCACUGAAGAUGGUGGAUUGGCUGCGCAGAAAGGCUCGAGAACAGAAGUGAGGGCUUUGGUGCGCUGGCUCGAGUCCGUCCCCGUUGAUCAAGACACUAUAAAUAAGUUGCUCUCCCAUGAGUUCACCUUGGACUGUCUCUUCUACAUGGCCUCCAGGGAUGACCUGAUGUACUGUGGAAUAAGAGGUGGCAUGCUGUGUCGAAUCUGGGCUGCCAUCACAACUCGCAGGAAGAUCAGAAAACAGAAUGAGGACAGCGAGGACACUCUUCUUUAAUGGCUGCUGAUGUUGUACAUCAAAGGACAGAUUAAUUGCCGGGCUGGUCCUGUGUCGUCUGGAGGAAGGGAAGCAGUGGUGAACAUAACAUAUCCUGCUUUAAAGUGAUGUAAAGCGGGAUAGAUUUUUAAGUUACUAUGCCAGUUAUCUUGCCAGCAUUUAUUUUUACAUCUUCUCAGGGUUUUGGCAAGUGGGACUAUAAUUAUGCCUUUAAAAGAAGCUGCCUAGUAGAGUAUUUAUUGCAAACAAACACGCUAAAUAUAUUUUAAUGGUGCCUUCUGAUGAUGCUGUUUUACAGAAAACUUAGCAGGACCUGAGUUAUUAAGUGCACACUGUAUUUAAGAUGAAUGUCUGGGGAGGGAAACCCAGAUCGUUUGUACUGUAUAUCCUGUUAAAACUCAUGCACAUAAUAAACGGGAACCUUUUAAAUCUC